AUGGGGGAUAUUGUUUGGAAUGGUCUUUUGGAGAAGUGGAACAUGCCACUUUAUAGACAAAAAUGUGAAACGACAAAAAAGAACAGGACAUCUGACAAGGGUGGUUGUUUGCACACUGGGGGAUCCAUUAGCGUGCAUGAGCAUGCAAUUCGUCUGUCACAGGAGCUUGGUCGGUCAGUGCAUGUUGAUGAAAUAUUUCAGCAGACACAUAUUCGAGCAUCAACAGGACAAUUUGUCGAUGAAAGGUCUAGGCGGACACAUGAAGAGUUUGAAGCAAAAUUUUCUCAAAUAAGAUCUGAGACAGCAUCUGUUGGUGCUUCAGCAUGUUCUCCCCUAGACCCUGCAGAUGAGGAAAGAUUGAGGAACCAAUGUUGGUUGGACGUUGCUGGUGGAAGGUACAAGGGACGCGUAUACGGCAUCGGAAAUGUCAGUGCUCAAGAUGACUGUGUUGAUAGUUACAUACAACAGACACAGGCAUCUUCUUCUCAGCAACCGAUGGCAGACAACAUUUCUAACCUCCACACACGAGUAUCAACCCAUGAUGACCAACUUCGACAGAUGAACUCUCAAUUGCAAGGCUUUAUUGGCGUCAUAAUGCAGUACCUUCCGCCUCCUGCAGUCGCAAUUGCAUAA